AUGGCGGCGAUCGCGCGGCUUCAUUUGUCUGCGAAAUCGAAUCAGAGCAGUCUGCCAUCGCCUAGAGUGAUCAACCUCUCGCGCGUUCCAAGGACUGCUGUCUCGUUUCCACGAUAUGGAUCGGUUUGUUCACUCCACACCAACUUCUCUUCUCCAAACCUCGGGGUCCCUUGCGCCGGAGGUGGUGGUGGAAACUUCGGUAAUCCAGGUUCGGGCGGUAGAAGCGGAGGAAGAGGAGGCGGUGGUUAUGGAGAUUCAGGCGGUGAAGAAGACAAGGAAGAAUGGUCUCCAUGGGGACCAAUAGGGAUGUUCAUCCAAGGAUGGAGAUCGCGAGUUGCAGCUGAUCCUCAGUUCCCAUUCAAGGUACUCAUGGAAGAGCUUGUUGGAGUUAGCGCCAAUGUACUUGGAGACAUGGCGUCACGCCCGAACUUCGGAUUGAACGAGCUCGAUUUCGUCUUCUCCACGCUCGUUGUAGGUUCGAUCCUGAAUUUCACACUCAUGUACCUCUUAGCUCCCACUGCAGUAUCUGCUGGCUCCUCCAGUCUAUUGCCUGGAAUCUUUAGGAGCUGUCCUGCGAGUCACAUGUUCGAACAGGGAAGCUUCACCGUCAUGAACCGUUUUGGGACUCUUGUAUACAAAGGGAUGGUGUUUGCCACCGUGGGAUUAGCUGCAGGUCUUGUGGGAACCGCCAUCUCUAACGGGUUGAUCAUCCUGAGGAAGAAGAUGGACCCGACCUUCGAAACGCCCAACAAACCACCACCGACGCUGCUGAAUUCACUAACUUGGGCAGCUCAUAUGGGAGUGAGCGCCAACGUGAGGUACCAGACGUUGAAUGGGGCUGAGUUCUUGAUGGAGAAGGGGUUGCCGCCAUUGGUGUUUAAGACAGGUGUGGUGGCUUUGAGGGUUGUGAACAAUCUUUUGGGUGGAAUGUCGUUUGUUGUAUUGGCGAGGAUGACUGGAUCACAGUCGGUGGUGGAGGAGAAGGCAGAAAUCUCAGUGGAGGAGAAAGAUGAUUGA